GUGGCCCUCUGUCACCGUCUUGGUCUCUCUGUCUGUGGAUGUGGCUGAAUAUGUGUCCGUGUAUCCCUGCCUGGGUUUUUGCAGAGCUUUGUCCUGUCUAGUCUUGUGAUAGAGUUUCUGACCUGUCUCUGUGUGUCCUGCCCUGGUUCUUCCUGCCUGGCACUUGGUCUGCUUCAGAGUCAGUGGUCAACAAGUGUCUGAGCUCUGCUCUGUGUGGUAUUCUCCAUCAGCCUGGUCUUCCCGUCCCCUCUGUUGCCAAAGUAUUCUGCCAGUUGUUUUCUGAAGCGGUCCCAGUGGCCUUCUCUAGCUGUUCCUGUGUUCCUGUUGUGGUUCAAACUUCUGCUGCUCUUCUGGGUUUUCAGUUACAGUGAAACCGUCCCUUUACAUGUGAUGGGGAAAAAGGGAGGCAGUGUCAUCCUGCCCUGUGAAUUAAAGACCAGAGAUAUUUUUCAUAUUCGUUUAAACAGACAGUCAAAAAACAUCCUUGUGUAUCAAAAGAAAUACUGCAGUAAAGGAGUAUGUAAAAAAGGAGCCUGUGACGUCGUCAUCAAUGAUCUGAGCUUCAGUGAUGCUGGGAAAUACAUUUUGGAUAUAUAUUACAUUAAUGCUGAGUCAAUGCUGGGGCCACAAAUCAGGACGUACCAACUUCAUAUUUAUGAUGAUAUUUUUGUGAAAAUAGGUGAAAGGCUAAAGUUGGAUGUUCUGUUGCCAGAUGCUCAUCAAGUUACGCAUCAGAACAAAAGCAGCUCAGAAUGGAAGCAGGUCUGGCAGAGAGUCGGCGAUGAAAGAGUUAAUAUAACACACGGUCGACUGAGCGUCACUAAUGGGACUCUGAGCAUUAAAGAGUUUACGGCUGAUGACGCAGGAACAUACCGAGUUCUGGGCUCUGAAGGAGAAAUCCUGAUCACAGUGACGGUCACAGAUGAGAACAAAUCAAGGGGAAAACUGAUCGACACGCAUGAUGACAAAAAACGUAAUCACUGGGGUGUGUUGGGGCCGGCGGGACUGUUUGUGUCCGCUGUGUUUGCUCUGCUGUUUCUGAUUCUGAUUGCUGCCGUCAUCAAAAAGAUGCAGUGACUCCUGAAACAUCUGGACAGAGGUAUCUGCUCAUCUGUCUUCAGAGCAAAACGAUCUGCAGAGGAU